UUCGAUUAGUUUGGAGAAUGGCGCUUGCUUCGGUCUCCACUUCUCGCCUUCUAGUUCUUAUGAUAGGGGCGGGUAUUAGUGGAGCAACUUUGUACAAUCACAUGGAUGGAGUUACUUCUUUUUUUAAGGAGGUUUCUAGAGCUGCAAUUCACAGCCUUACGAAACCCACCAAAGCAAGUACGUCGUCUUCAGGUCAAGGCAAUUCAGAAGAACUACAGUCACUAGCAGAACAAAUCACUCGCCUUUCAAGAGAAGUGUCGAAGUCCCUUGCGGCUGUUCAAGAAAGUUCAUCUAGACAACCCUUGGUUACGUUUGUUGGAAAUGGCCCCGGUCGCCUCGGAAGUAGUGGGUUUGUCUUUACCUUGUCCGUUUGUGGUUCAGUUGUCGUCGUGGCUAUAGUAGCGAAGAGAUUUUUUGGUUUUCAAAUUUGGGAUCUCGCGUAUGUUUCGAGUAGACGUUUCAAUCAAGCGUUUGAGACUUUGAAGGGCGCCGUAACUAGAGUUUCUGGUGCUUUAAGUCAAGUACAGAAGGAGUUGUCUGUUAAAAUCAAACAAGUGGAGGAUAAAGUUGUUGAGUCAAAUAUUUGUUUGGAACAAAAACUACAAGAUGAAAUGGAGGAAACUCGCCGCGAUAUCUACACCGUUGGCGGUGAUGUUGCAGAAGUUCGCAGCAUAGUUGGAAACGUGGAGCAACAAUUAGAAGAGCUGCAAAAUAAGUUACGUUUUGCCAAUCGCGGAAUAUAUCUUCUAUGCACCGUCGUUUCACGACUUCCGGAAAAUACUACCGUUGAGUUUGCCUCCGGACUGAAUCCGGCACGGGAAGAAUUAAAAGAGUUUGCGAAUUCGGCAGUAGUAGAGAAGUUGGGCCUUGCAUACAAGCCCACUUUGCCGGGUCACUUGGACAAAGGUGCUCUUUUGGGACUAGGUAGUGCCUUGGCAGACUUGGAAAAGAGUAACUUUUGCACGACUGACUCUAACGAAGCCAACUUGGAGACUUCAAGUUGCCCGGAAAGGGAGAAGUUAGAGAAUGUUGGAGACUUUUCCAAGAAUUCGAAAUCAAUGAAUUUCUUACAAGGUGAGAACAGAAGAAACUGGAAACUUGGAAGAUAGGCCUCUCCUGAACCACAGUGAAGUGAUUGGAUUGGUUUCAGAGAACCUUUUCUUUCGUGCGUUGUUUAUAGUUUAUUUUCCGUUAAUAAAAUAUGCUUAUAGAGUCAUCCAAAGGAUCCUCGAUUUUCAAUAUUGACAAAUUGAAGCUUCGAUAGUUUUGUUGGGACGACUGAAGCCAUCAAACUUCUGAGAUGCUUCAAGAGUCUGUGCAACUCCUCUCAUCGAAGGAAUUCAAUCUAAGGUUGAAAGGUUAUUUUGAUAAUAUUAUCAUAACGCAGCCUUGAGCUAUGAAUUUCUAAAUACUUUCUACUUGCUCUGUUGAAGUUUGUAAAGAAACGAAAGUUGCAUAUUUUUCUUUUCUUGUAUUAUAUGGGCCCCCUCAAAAAACAUAGAAGGCCACUCUAUUUUUAAAUAAAUUUCCACUUCACAGUAUUGAAACUUUGAAC